AUGCAAAGUCCUCCUUCUUUAUCUCACUACAAAUCUAUGGCGCAAAAUAUUGAUUGGUAUAUUGAUGAUGAAGCUUUUUUUGCUACUCGUUCAACAGAAGAAAUAAGCAGAAUUUUGGAAAAUGUCACACUCAAUCCAACACAGUUCAUCAAAUUAUUUUCGAAAAUAUAUUAUAUGAAUGAAUCUGCAUCAAUAUACAAUAUUUUACAAUCAGUUAAGCUGAAACUUGAAUGUGAUAAGACAACAGUUUGCAAUGUACUGAAAACAGUGGCUGUUAUUACUAAUAUAGAAUUUUUCAACACAAUUGCAUAUUUUAUAAAGCAUCCUCAUUCAAGAUCAAGCAUCAAAUCCAAAACAGAGAUUCUAUUACCAAAAAUUGUUGGUAAUAUUGAAGAGAGUUCGACUCCAAAAGAAAGUGUUUCAUAUACUGCAAGAAAUGAUGAUAAUGCUGAGAAUUGCUUGCGUCCAACUGAAUCUGUAGAUCAACCAGAUUCAAAUACCAAAAGCAAAAAUCAAACAAACUCAUCAAAUGAAAUUGAUUCUGCAUUGGAGUUGACCUCGAUUUCAAACCAGCAUGGAAUAUCGAAAUCAACAUCUUCUGUGACAUACAUAAGUCCACCUAUCUUAGAAAAUAUACCUGCUGCACCCGAAAAUCUUCGCAAACUGAGGACAAUUGAGAAAUCAUCCGAUAAUUUUUAUAUUAUAUAUGGAAUUCUGUCAAAAUCAAUGAAAGAGAAUGAUGUAACAACAAUCAAAGGCGCUGUUGAUGAAGGUUAUGAUAAAGUGAGGCUCAUAAAUGAAAACAAUAUGAUUCUUUGGGCCGCAAGAAACGGAGAUCUUAAUCUUGUCAAAACUCUUCAUGAAUUUGGAUCGGAUGUCAACAGUGUAGAUGACUCCAGAAGAAAUAUUUUGCACAAUUUCUGUAUGCGUGGAAAUUUGGAAGGAGUGAAAUACGCAACAGAAUUCUUUGACAUUAACGAAGUCAACAAUGAUAAUUCGUCUGCUUUGCAUUUUGCUGCUUAUAAUGAUCGGGCUGAUGUUUGUGAAUUCUUAUGCAAACUUCCUAAUAUUCAAAAAAAUAUUCAAGAUAGCUCUGGAAAAACUCCUUUAAUGAUAGCUAAAGAAAACAAAAAUCAAAAGUGUAUUGACGUUUUAACCAAGUUUGGUUGUUUAUAA